AUGGUCACCACCUCAGGCUUCACGCACACGCCCGUCACCCGCGCCCUCAUCCUCAGCUCCAUCGUCCUGUCCAUCCUCACCUCCACCCUCACAGCCCAACACCUCCUGCCCAUAAAACCGACCCCCCACCUGUGGCCGUACCUCCAAUUCACGCGCCUUAUGACAUACCAAGCGGCGUACACGUCGAGCACCGAGCUCCUCUUCUCCACCGUGCUAAUCUACCAAUUCCGGGUGCUCGAGAGGUUAUGGGGCAGCCGGAAGUUCCUGAGUUUCUGCGCCGUUGUCUUCUGGGUCAACCUACUAGUCACGCCUGCGGUGGUGGUGUUCCUCAAGCUAGGCACCCUGGGCUGGUACAACUACCUCCCUGCGGGAUGCACGGGGGUCGUCUUCGCGCUGCUAGCCGCCUGGGCGGACGAAGUCCCCCGCAUAUACCGGUACAAGAUCGUCACGGGAGGUGCUGGCACUGGCGCCGUUGCUGGACAGGAAGCCCCGGGCGUGACGCUCAGUGACAAGUCGACGACCUAUCUCCUCGCGGCGCAGUUGGCGCUCAGUCAGUUUCCGUACUCGCUUUUGCCUGCCGCGGUCGGGUGGGCGGUCGGCUCGGCGUGGAUGGGUGAGUUGCUUCCUGGCCGGCUGGGGCGGUGGAGAGUCCCGGCGUGGAUGGUGGGCGAGAGCAGCGCGCGCAAGGAGAGAGGCCAGUAUGAAGGGUUGAGGAGGCGGUUGGAGGAGGAGGGCGGCUCAGCGGAUGGUAUGAGGAAUGUCACGGAGAGAGUUGCAGGCGGUCGGGAGGCGGAGGCGAGGAGCGGGAGGGGUUUUGGCAGUAGAUUCGUGGGCUACUUUACUGGGUCGUGA